GAAUCAUAGAAACGUCAGCGAAAAUUUUAAGUAAUAAGCAGGAAACGCUGUAGAAUAUUAGAGAAAAUAAGUGAGGUAAUGUCACAUGACCAAACUGUCCAAUGAACAUGGUGGAAGAAAGAGCUGACGUAUUGAAAAACGGACGGGGCUUCAUUUGCGGUGUGGAAGUACUCGGAAAUACAAGGAUAAUACACACGUUUUGAUAAAAAUAUAUACUGAGGAUAGUAACAUGCACUUUACUGAAUGCACAGAGUAUACUUACCCAUCAAACUAAACAAAGGAAAUGUGGGAAUAUUUAGUUUUUUCGAAAAGCCAUAUGCCAUGUGAUUGUAGUUGACCAAUCAACAUGCGCCAAUUUAAAAGGAGCAUAUAAAAGUGCAGAUUAGUGUCUGUGGGAAAGCUAUAUGCUGCUUCCCGGGGUGUAUGUGUUCGGAAGAAUCCAGCCGAAAAAUGGACACGAAGAGCCAUCCGGCGCUGCAAGGCUAUCAGCAGAACGCACCUAACAUCAACUCAGGCAAUGGAACAUCUGAUCAAGAACAUGAAACAGGAACAAACAACACAGCAGCAAACAACAAUGUAAAGCCUGAGCCUACGGAUUCAAACAAACCCCCUGGGAAUGAUACUGGCUCCUCACCUGCUUCCCAGACACCCAACACUAUGCCCCCACGCAAAGGGCGCCUGACAAACCAACUCAAUUACUUGCUCAAAGUUGUGAUGAAAUCAGUAUAUAAACACCAGAUGGGCUGGCCCUUUCAUCAUCCUGUGGAUGCCAGCAAGUUGAACUUGCCUGACUAUCAUAAGAUCAUCAAACAGCCCAUGGACUUGGGAACAAUCAGAAAAAGACUAGAAACUAAUUAUUACUACAGUGCAAAAGAAUGUAUACAGGAUUUCAAUACCAUGUUCACAAAUUGCUAUGUUUACAACAAACCUGGAGAGGAUGUUGUUCUGAUGGCACAAACUUUAGAAAAACUCUUUUUACAAAAAGUGGCCCAAAUGCCACAGGAGGAGUACGAAAUGACUGCUCCAGUGAAGAAAGGUCCUGGUCGAACACCACAUCAUGUGCGUGCACAGCCUAAGGCACCACCAGUACCAAAACCUCUUCCACCACAACAACAACAACCAGUUAUAUUAAAUUCUCCUCCAGUGACAUCACAAAUAUCUGCAAUGCCCCAGUCCACUGAAAGUGGUGUGACUCCAACUACCACGGCAACACCCACAGCAACACCCACAAAUGCUAUAGACUCCUCAGGCUAUGGAAUGGUGGGACCCACAAAAUUAAAAAAGGGCGUGAAAAGGAAAGCAGACACUACUACCCCUUCUGCAGUGAAUGACAGUGUAUAUGACCCUCCCUAUGAGCCCAGGGCUGCCAAGCUGGGCCUAUCUAGGCGAGAGAGUAACAGACAGAUCAAGAAGCCCAAGAAAGACCUUCCGGAGGACCAGGUCAGCACCCAUGACAUCAUACCUACAGCUGUCCCUCCAUCUCGUACUCAGCCAGUAGAAACUGGGACUGCUCCAGCCCAGCACAGUACCAAAAGUAAGAAGGGCAAACUCUCUGAACAGCUCAAGUAUUCAAGUAAUAUCAUAAAGGAACUCCUCUCCAAGAAACAUUCACAAUAUGCAUGGCCUUUUUACAAGCCUGUUGAUGCAGAACUCCUGGGUUUACAUGACUACCAUGAUAUUAUUAAAAAGCCCAUGGAUCUUGGAACAGUCAAGACAAAAAUGGACCGCAGAGAGUACAGGACGGCUGCAGAGUUUGCUGAAGACGUACGAGUCAUAUUUACCAACUGCUACAGGUAUAACCCUCCAGAUAGUGAUGUGGUCUUGAUGGCUAAAAAAUUACAGGAUGUGUUUGAAUUGCGGUAUGCUAAGAUGCCAGAAGAGCCACCAUCUGCACCAGAGACUGCAUCUAUUGGGGACCAGUCUGAGGACAAGGGUGGGGCCAGCAGUGACAGUGACAGUAUUCAAAGUGAACCUGAAGAGGUGCAGUCAGAUUCUGAGGUAGAAAGAGAAAGAAAACUCAAGGAAUUAGCAGAACAGCUGUCAAUGGUGCAAGAACAACUUGGGAAACUCACAGAGGAACAAGCAAGAAAACUUAAAGAGAAGAAGGCCAGGGAGAAAGAAAAGGAAAAAGAAAAGAAAAAAGACACAAGUUCUAAAAGGAAAAAGAAAGAAAAAGACACUAAGGAUAAAGACAAGAAAACUGAGCCUCUAUUGCCUGUAGUACCACCAGUGGUGGUACCUCCAUCUAUACCAGAACCUCCAAAAUCUGCUGCUAAGCCAGCAUCAAAAACUCCUAAAACUACAAAAACAGCCAAUCAAAAACGAGCAAGGACUAACAGUCGUGCAAAGAAAAAUAAACCUGUGAAUUCCACGUCUGCUGUCCCAGGUUUUGACAGUGAGGACGAAGACAAUGCUAAACCCAUGACUUACGAUGAAAAGAGGCAACUCAGCUUAGACAUAAACAAACUCCCAGGAGACAAAUUAGGCCGGGUUGUCCACAUAAUUCAGUCACGAGAGCCGUCCUUACGAGAUUCCAAUCCCGAUGAAAUUGAGAUCGACUUCGAGACGCUGAAGCCAUCAACAUUACGAGAGCUGGAGAGCUAUGUGGCUGCAUGCCUUAAGAAGAAACCUAGAAAACCUUACACACCUAAAAGACCACCCGGGAAGUCCAAAGAGGAAGCCCAACAAGAAAAGAAACAGGAACUGGAGAAAAGACUACAAGAUGUGACAGGGCAGUUGGGAGGAAACAAGCCAAAAACACCAAAGAAAGAGAGUUCCCAUGUAGAUGUUGUUGGUGGAUCCCAGAGUAGACUAAGUGCAAGCAGUAGCAGUACCUCAGACAGCGACAGUAGCAGUGACAGUAGUUCGUCUGGAUCCUCGUCUAGUGACUCUGAGUCAGAAACUCCGACCAAGAAAAAUAAAUUGAAUAUAAAACAGGGCAAGAGUCCAAGUCACACUUCUCCUCGCAGACAAUCUACACAGAGUGUUAAUGGGACAGUCAAGCCUACACAACAGCUGUUACAGAAACAAAAGAUCCCACCAGUGUCUGCAGCAGGAGCAUUUUUUCCUGCUGUGACCCAGAAAGCCCCUGUACCUCCACCGCCAGCACUACCCACACGAGCCCCUAUCAGUCAUUCCAUGCCUCAGCAGCCAAGCAGACCUGUAGCAGUGGCCACACCGAAACCACAGCCAAAACCAACAGUUACACCUCAAAGCCCAGGUAACACAAGUACUCUUUCCAAUCUUCUGACGGGAAAUGUGCCAGGGUCACCUCCUGUCAGUAAACAGGCAUUACCUCCAACACCAUCUAUCAUUCAUCAGGCCCCAUCCACUGCACCACCAUAUAAACCAACACCGCCUCCUGUAGUCAAGGCACCAUCUCCCUCAAAGGAGCCAGUCAAGUUUACCAUGGGAGGAGAUGAUGAAAGUCCCAAGUCUAGCCCCAAACCUGCACCACCUGGAGCUACUGUAUCUUCAAGUGGAGUUAGUGGCUCAUUUGGUGUCCCCUCUCUCAGUUCUUCUGGGAGCAGUGAAAAUCUAAAAAAACUGGCAGACAAAGGACAGAAAAAGGAUGUAAAGAUCAAGAACAUAGGCUCAUGGUCCAGUUUAGCAAAUUUGUCUAGCAGCCAGUCCGGUGGUUCUGGAGUCAAGAAGACGAGUGCUGCACACAGUUUUGAACUGUUCAAGAAGCAGGCUAAAGAGAAAGAGGAGAGAGAAAGGCUGCUCAAGAUGCAAGAGGAACAGAGGAAACGGGACAAAGAACAAGCUGAGAAGGAGAGACACAAAGCAGAGCAGGAAAGGCAAAGGGAGCGCGAGGAAGAGGAAGCUUUGGAAAAAGCUAGACAGUCACAACUUCAACAACAGAGACAACAAGAGCAGGAAGAACAAGAAAAACGCAAUGCAGAGAGGGAGAGAGAAAGGAUGAGGGAGACUGAGAGGAGAAGAAGAGCAGCUCUUGCCAAUCAAAUUGACAUGAAUGCCCAGAGUGAAUUAAUGGCUUCCUUUGAAGAGAUGCUGUAAUGAAGUCUUCAUGGAGUGUUCAAAAGACAAAUUUCUUGCUGACAUUAGAAGUGACUUUCCUUCAAGACAUAUUGGACCAUGCAUGUCUUCUCUUUGCUGAUGCUUUUUCAGUUUGUUCACAGACAUUAUCUUUUCCUUGAGGAUAAUAGGACAUGGGUCUGCUUCAACUUUCAGAGAGCUAUGUUUCAGAUACAGUCAGUCACCUUGAAUCAUAAUGUUAACUCAUUGUUGACUGAGGUCAUUUUAGCUGUAUUUCAUUGGAAAGAAUGAUGUACUGUACAAAAGCAUAAUGUUCCUUUGAUAGGUAAAUGUGCCUAUCAUUCCAAUCUACAGUGUUAAUGCUGUCAGCUAACCAAGUGGCUGGCUAAGUUUUUUCAAUCCAAAGAGAGCAGAUAGAGGAAAUGUUAAAGUAGGUAAAAUUGUUACUUGCAUGAUAACAAGUUACUAGUAAGUGUACAGAUAUUCUCAAUAUGAUAAACAUACAAUCUGAAGUAGGCAACCCUUGUGUUAGCCAAUGUGUGAUUUGACUUGAAAAUGUCAUUAGAUUUCUUAUACUCUUUGACAUUAAAUUUUCUGUGGAGUUCCAGUGCUGAUUUUACAGCAUUACAAUAUUGCCUCUGUUACACAGGUGUUAAGAAUUAUAACUCAUUCCAUGUCAUUUUUUAUUUGCUUUUUUAUUUUUACUGGUAUUUUCCAUGUUUUAAGUUUAAAAGUGCUGAAUUAUAAGAAUAAUUAGAAAAUGUUUAAAAUUAAUAGGAUGUAAUUAUUAAAACUAUUCAGCUUGCCA